AUGUCAACAGCCAGUGAAUUUUUAAAAUCUAAGCAACCAAGAGUGGUUGUUCGACCAUCAUUAUCAUCAUCACCACCACCACCACAGAAGAGAUAUCCGAUUGCAGAACCAUCGGCAGCUUCAAACAACGUGCAACAAGUUAAUUUAGAUUUAAAAACAAUUCACGAAGUUCCAACAAAGUCGUCUUUUCGAUCAAAGAAAUAUAAACGAUUAAUUGGUUUGGCUAUGUGUUUAAGCUGUGUAAUGGGUGCAGCCGUUCCAUUUGUAAUUGUGUUUGGAGGCGGUAAAAAUACAGAUACUUCAGGAACAACGGUUUGUCGUACUUCUACGCAUACAACAACGACAGGUAAUUAUCGUAAGUCUAAAAUGAAUGACGAGCCUUUAACAUUUUAUUUCACUUCUCCAGCUGUAACCUGUACAUCAAUGAUCUCGUGGAAUUCAACCGGGAUCACAGUUGCAGGUGUUACUGGAAGUUCAGGCGCUACUUCAACUCUCAUAAACUAUCCGAAAGAUGUAGCUGUUGAUAGUUAUAUGGCUGUCUAUGUAUCAGAUUCAGAUAAUGCACGUAUUCAACGUUGGUCCGCCGGUGCAACAAUGGCCGACACGGUUGCUGGUACAACUGGUUCAGUUGGAAGUAGUUCAACCGAAUUCGCUGAACCUCGUGCCACAUUUAUUGAUUCAAAUAAUACUCUUUACGUAGCAGAUUUCUUUAAUUAUCGUAUACAGAAGUUCAGUUAUAAUUCAACGAUUGGAGUGACAGUAGCUGGAGUUGGAACUUCCGGUUCAGCAUACAAUCAAAUAAACGGAUGUUAUGGUGUCUAUGUUGAUGGAAAUGGUGCUAUCUAUUAUUCUGAUUAUAACAACCACCGUAUCAUGCGGUGGGAUGCUACAAGUUCAACAGGGGUGUUAGUUGUAGGCGGAAAUGGAGCUGGUAGUGCGUUAAAUCAGCUGAGUGGUCCUCAGAAAUUCGAUUUCGACCCAAACAAUUCAUCAAUUCUCUACAUUGCAGAUCAGAAUAAUCAUAGGAUACAAAUGUGGGCUUUGGGAGGUACAACGGGACGUACAGUAGCAGGUGGUAAUGGAUUCGGUAACGCCUUAAAUCAACUGGCUUACCCAUGGGACGUCCUCGCUGAUGUGCAGGGCUAUCUCUACAUUUCUGAUACUUAUAAUCAUCGUAUCCUGCAAUGGUUGAUCGGUGCUUCAAGCGGUGUAGUUCUUAUUGGCUCAAGUAGUCCUACAGCCGGUAGUGGAGCUGCAGAUUUGAAUUAUCCAAAUGGAAUUUUGUUUGAUUCGUACAGAAAUCUCUAUGUGGCUGAUUCAAAUAAUUUUCGUAUCCAAAAAUAUUUAUUUUGUACCUGA